AUAACCUAGACAGAUAAGAACUUUUCUGUCACAGGAUUUCUGUUUUAUUCCUCUCUGUCGCUGUCUGGAGAAAAAUCUGCAAGAGCCAGUCAGAUAGAAACUUUGAGGUUAAUUGGUAGAAAAUGCCAGAGGAGGAAGAGCGAGAGAAAUUAGCCAAAGUCAUCAGACAGUGGAACGACAACAGACUGGACCUGUUUGAAAUCAGCCAACCCAAUGAGAACCUGGAGUUUCAUGGCAUAAUGCGCUUCUACUUUGAGGAUCAUGGUGACGGAAAUGUAGCCACAAAGUGCCUGCGUGUCUGCAGCAACUCUCCAACUCAUGAAAUUAUAGAAACACUCUCAGAGAAAUUCAGGCCUGAUAUGAAAAUGCUGACUACUAGUUAUUCUCUGUAUGAGAUUCACGCCAAGAAGGAACGCAAACUGGACAUGGAUGAGAGACCUUUGAUUGUACAAUUAAACUGGAACUCAGACAACAGAGAAGGACGUUUUGUGCUGAAGAAAGACCAGGAGAGUUUCCAGGAAAACUGUCAUGAAAAGGAGAAAGGGGGGAUGAUCCAAAACUUCAAGAGGACACUGUCGAGAAAAGAGAAGAAGACAGAGAAAAACAAAACUAAAGCUGCUGAGAAGAUUUCUGCAGAUGAGAAUGGGUCAACUGAAAAGCCACUGCACAACAGCAUUUGUGUGUCUAACCAUGAGACAAUAAAAGACUGCACUGAAAACAAAAAGCAACAGAGGCAGGCUGCCCCGGAUCAACCUAGAUUACCAUUUGAGAUUAAAUUCUGUGACAAAUCUAAGGAGGCCCUCCUGUCUGCAGUCAUAAAUUACACCAACAGCUCCACAGUUCAUUUCAAGCUUUCACCUGCAUACAUCCUCUAUGCUGUGGGACGCUUUGCUCUGCAGCGCCAUUACAGGCAAGGCUCUCCGCCCUCAGGACAGACACACGGCGUAACCUUGAUUGCUAACAAAAUGGUGGCCAUGACAGGGAAGGUCAUCCAGAGGCAGCAGACCAUCGCCGGGGCGCUCGCCUUCUGGAUGGCAAACUCCUCUGAGCUGCUAAAUUUCUUCAAGCAUGACAAGGACCUCUGCCUGCUCACAGCACAGAGUCAGCUGGAUCUCUCCCACCUGGUGCACAAAGCUUACAGUUGCCUCCUACAGUGUCUGCAGAAUGAGUUAACAAAGCACUUGCCAACUUUUGUGAUUGAUCCCGAGCAACAUGGUCCCCUGCCAGCAGGUAUAGAGAUGGUGCUGAACACCUUGAUGAACACCAUGUCUCUGUUGCGCCGCUGUCGGGUCAACCCUGCCCUCACCAUCCAGCUCUUCUCUCAGCUCUUCCACUUCAUCAGUGCCUGGCUCUUUAACCAGCUCAUGAGCCCAGAGGCCGACACUCCAGGCCUGCGCUCCCACUACUGGGGGGCAGCUUUGCGCCAGAGGCUGACCGCCAUCGAAGCCUGGGCGGAGAGGCAGGGGCUGGAGCUGGCUGCUGACUGCCACCUCGGACACAUCGUCCAGGCAACCACACUGCUGACCAUGAAUAAGUACUCAAUGCAAGAUGCGAAGGACAUCCAGCAAACCUGUUUCAAGUUGAACUCGCUGCAGCUGCACACAUUGCUUGCCGGCUACCUCUAUGCCAACAAUGAGCCUCACAUCCCCCCUGAUUUGAUCGAUGCUGUAGUGAUGGCUGCUAAGGCCUCAGCAGAUAACCUGAUUCGGGGCGAAGGACGGGACAUCCAGCUGGAGGAGAGCCUCGACCUCCACCUGCCCUUCCUGCUGCCGGAGGGAGGAUACUCCUGUGACACUGUGAGAGGAAUCCCUCCAGGGUUUAGGGAGUUUUUGGAGCCAGUUUAUCGAAAAGGUCUCUGCUCUUUAACAUCCCAGCCGAACUCUAAAGGUGACUGGACCGUGUUUUUCAGUGACUCUACUCCUUCUGCAGAGAGCAUGUACUUGGCAGCGCACAGAGAACCAGAGAUUGUGACUAUAACACUGAACAAACCUCUCAAUAGUGGGAUGGGGGUCAGCAUCGUGGCUGCCAAGGGAGCACGGCAGGGUAACCUUGGGAUCUAUAUCAAAUCUAUUGUCAAGGGAGGACCUGCUGAAAUGAAUGGCAGGUUAGCAGCCGGGGACCAGCUGCUCAGCGUGGAUGGUCAAAGCCUGGUUGGCCUCAGCCAAGAAAGGGCAGCAGCUAUCAUGGUGCAAACCGGCCCUGUAGUGACCUUACAGGUUGCAAAGUUCGGAGCAAGCUACCACGGACUUGGGGCUCUGCUGAGUGAAGCAGCUCCAGAAAAGGCUACAGGCGAUACAAGCAAUGCUAAGCCAAACAGUAAAGCUCUCAUGCUGUACAGUGUUGUGGAUCCUGGUCCCUCAGAACAGCAGCAUGGAAGCAGCAGAAGGAAGAAAGAGCAGAUAAUGCAGAGAAACAGGCAGCUUUAUCGCUCCAACCCCAACAUGACCACAGACCUUUGCCCGGAGGAUGGAGCUGAACCUGUCAACCCUGCUGUGAGAGGGAACAACAGCUCCUCUGUCUCCACUAUCAACCUUUGCACCGAUACACUUCACAGGGAAUACUUGACACUUCCUACUCCUAAAUCCCAGGACAAGAACACAUCUGAACCUGGUCGACCACAACAAACAUUUAAAGUGUCUUUGAGACCUUUAGAUGGACAGAGCUGCAGUAAGAAGACUUUAAUGCGUCAAGCUCUCUCACAGGAAAACUUGUGCAUGGACAGAGGAGGCCCCCUGCUGGACAAAAGGCAGAACAUGUGGGAGCAGCAGGACUGGAGUGCUAAACAACCCACAAGCUACUAUUCAUCUUUUCCAAUUCGCUCCAGUGUUUCCACUCAUGACAUCCUCUCUGAUAACACCUCUCCAAAAAACCGACAGCAGGGCACUCGGACAAGUGCCGCUGGUGUCUGGAGAUCCCCCUUUUCACAACAUCCAACACCCACGCCUUCGAUCCAGCCCAUACGUAUCGACAUCCCCAUAACCAGAGCAGUGACCACACAGUCUAACCCUCCGCUCAUCACCUUCCAGAGUUCAUCUUUGCUGUCAAUGAAGAUGAACCAGACUCUUAAAGUAAAUGGACAUAAACAGAGUCCUGAAAACCCAGCCAGUCAUAUUUAUGCAUGCCCCAUUUCUGCAACCAAGAAGCUACCUCAGCCCUCGCUCUCAUCACAGCAGCAAAGACCCAGCAUAUUCAGGGGUCAAGCAGUGAAACCUCAAGUAAGCAUCACUCCAACAAAACAUGUUUCCUUCCAAGAGCCUCCCACUCAGCCGAAGCAGGGCAUGGGUCCUGUGAAGCAGAAAGACCCCCAGGAGGUGUCUGACCCGUGGAGGAGGGAGGCCCAGGAGAAGCUGGAGAAGCAGCAGAGGCUUCAAGUGGUGGAGCUCCUGGAGCAGGAGGUGCAGGAGCUUCAGGCUAAAGUGCAGCGCUCGACGGAAGAGAACGACCGACUCCGCAAGCUCAGCCUGGAGUGGCAGUUUCAGAAGAGGCUGCGGGAAAUUCAGCAGAGGGGAGAGGACGAGGAUGAGGAGGACGAUGAGGAUUUGGACAUGAUGAUGACAAUACAGCAGCUGGAGACAAGAGCACAGAGUAAGAGAAGCUCUGGAGGAAACAUCAACAGCGAAUUUAAAGAGUUGGAAAGGAAGACAGGAAGUCACAUCUCCCAAAAGGAACAAGAUGAGGCAAAGACAGGUCAAAGACAAACUGGACUGACUGAAGACGUUCACAAAGUGGCAUCAAAAGAAAACCAGGAGGAGAAAAUCAAGAGAACGAUGGCUCCUGAAAAGCUCACAUUCAAGGAGCGUCAACGCCUCUUUUCCCUGGCGUCCAGUGCAUAAAGGUUAAAGCUGAGUUAAUGGAAACCACAGAAGAACAACAUUUGUAUAUAAAGAAAAAUAAUAAUGUGCUAGCAGAAAUGACAGUAUACAGUACCAUUUAAAAAGGCAGUGUGCGUAUGUAUUAACUGUAAUAAUGUUUUGUCUUAGUUAAAUGUCCCAGGAGCAAGCUGUGGGUAAUUUCAACAUUUGAGUUCAUUACUGUCUUUCAGGACUUUCAGUUUUUGAGUUGUCGCUUGUUUUAGCAUCAUUUUAUUUUGUUUUUUCCUAUUCCAAGAUAAUAAAGUAUUAUUUUAGGAGUAAAACCGAG